AUGUAUCAACUCUUUCUUUCACUUUUCCUGUUCCAAGCUCUCCUUGCUCGCGCUUCAAACGACUGGAGGACGCCGUGCAUUGGUUCAUGUGCAUACGAAUCCGGCGACGGCACCAAAAGGGCUUGGAGCUCCAUUCUUAUUGACGGCCCUUCGCAACUUGUCUCGGACAUUUCGACCGCUGCAGGCUGGUCCAUCAUGGAUUGUGACGCCAAUUCUCAGGACGUCCAAACAAUUCGUCUAGUCUGUCAUGAUCUAGAUGGCGUCUGUGAUGCGCUCUUCGACGGUGGCGCAGAGAAUACAAUUGUUCGACUACCUGAAGACUGUGCUGAUGCUCCCUUUGCACGCGUCGUCAGCGUCAGCAGCUCUACCAACCAGACGCUCACUUCCAAAGUCGCGAAGCGGGUCGCCGCAGCUAAACGUCGCCGCUCGGCACCACCAGAGGUGCUGACAGUCAAAAUCGACUACCAGUUCAACCUCAUUCCACUUUCACGCGGCACCGUGUCGCUAACCGCACUCGCUACAACCAACCCACUUCAACGUCCGCUAGCUACCACUCAGCGACUUCGACGCGCACUUGGGUACGACGAAAGUGACUCUCAUCAUCGCCGGAGGGGAGGACACAGGCAACUCGUCAAUCGGGAGAUUCGCAGACGGGACCUCUUUACCGAUUUCGUCAAUGGGAAUACGAUUCCAGCUGGUAUCACUGCUGAUGCAAUCGCUGCAAAGACAAUGACCACGGAUGGCAAGCUGGGAAAGCUGGGAAAGUCAGCCAACGGGACAACGAGCAAGCUUGGUAACUGGUCCAAAGACUGGAACAAGCAGUUUGAUGUUCUCGACAUCAGUCAAGGGUUCAACGUUGCCAACGUCAAACUCUCAUGUCCACAGAAUGGCGACAUUCCGGCCUUUGACGCAAAGGUUUUGAUUGAUGCCCAAGUCGAUGUCAAGGCCACAGUCACCGUGGGCUUCAUCGCUGCCGGGUCGAUCAUUCCGCCAAAGAUUAGCAAAUCUGCGUUCACGGCCGCUCUGGACGGUGGUGCUCAAGCAUCGUUCAAGAUUUCCGCCGAUGCCAAGGGCACUUUUAACACCGGCCUUCUCCCCCUCUACAGUUCCGGCCUUGCUGGCUUGUCAAUUCCUGGCAUUUUGGAUGUCGGACCAUCCUUCUCUAUCAACGGGCAAGGUAUCGGCAGCAUUGGAGUUCGAACCGAUGCGGUCGUCAAAGCAAAUUACAAUUUUCCUGGCCUUUCGAUGGUCUUCCCCCAGGACCAAGGCUCGAGCAGUGGCUCUGCUUCCCAAGGCGACACGCAGUCUCCAUUGACACUCUCGAUUGGAGGAAGUGCACAGCUUACUGGAUCCGUCGAGGCACAUAUUGUGCCCCGGGUUGACCUUGGUGUCAAAGUUCUUUCGGGGAUGGCGUCGGCGUCGGUCUAUCUCCAGCUCGAUGGAUACGGUGCCCUCAAUAUGGACCUCAAGCUUGAAGGCAGCGCUUCAACCGGUGUCGGUCCCACACAGAAGGGCAUUGACCCAUCGCCAUCUGUCGAUUCUACCUCCGCCGUCUCGGAGUCUUUGACAGCUUCGACGACAUCUUCGACGGACUUCGCCGCCAGCACCACCGAAUCAGCCUCUUCCGAGUCUUCGACGUCAAGCUCGACUGAUAUUGCCACAUCAACGAGCUCUGAUGACGCUAGCGAUUCUUUAAGCAGCUCAGAUGCAAAGGAAGUCCCGACGCAAUCUUCGACGCAAGCCGAAAUAUCAACUACAGUCCUUGCUCAACCAACUUAUGCAGCCCCUGCUCAGAUCGACGACUUUGACCCUCCAUCGAGUGUGUUUGAUCAUCCCCCGCUCGUUGACGUUGCACAAAUCUCGUCUUCUUCCGGAGUGGCUCCAUCCAGCUGCCCGAGCAGACGUAUGCGCCGAAGGAUCCGGAGGACAAUGUCGCCUCGCGACGUGGUUGUCAACAAUGCGCGCGAUGCCUCUGGGUCAUUUAGCGGAUGUGUCGGUGUGGGGCUGGGCGUCAAGAUUGUCGCGGGUGCUCAAGGAAAGCUGUUCGACAUCUGGAAAGCUUCCACGUCAUUUGACCUGUUCAGUCAGAAAUGGGACAUCUUUAGCAAAUGCUUCAAUCACAACUUGCGGCGAGAUACUAGUCCCUUUACUCCCGAGCUCUUCACACUUUCGUCGCUGGAGAGCAGACAACUCGACGGCUCUGAUUUGGUCUGCCCCGCCAUCACCGACACAAUCAAUGCCAUCAACCAGAUUAUCUGA